AUGCACUCUCCCUCACCACAUCCAAACCAAAUCCGCUCCGCCUGCGAGCGCUGUCGCCGCCAUAAACACCGCUGCAGCCGCCCCGUCGGCCCCUCCGCCUCGUGCGCGCGCUGCUCCCGUCUCAGCCUGACGUGUCAGCCCGGGCUGCAGCGUCGCGUCGGGAGACCGCCCAGAAAGGACGCCGUGGAAGUUGUGCUUCACAGUAAACAUAGUGAUACAGUGCGCUCUCCCGAGGAUGUGCAGUUUAUCCAGGGCCUGCUGGAUGAUUCUGCUGCGUGGGACCUUGAUCCGUUCUGCAUGUACACGCCGGAAGGUCUCCCGUUUCCGAUGGAUGCGUGGCCUGCUGUCCAGGAGCUUGAUCCACCCGAGAUUGAACAAAAGGUUAUCCUGCCGAGCUCACAGUUGUUCGACACGCUGUGUAAACUUAACGGUGACUGUUACCGGGGCUGGGAGUUUGUGACGCAACUUGCCAAUUCUUUCCGCCUGGGGUCAUUUGUUUGCGAGGACCACAAUAUGAAGAACGGAUACGAAAACAUCCAACUAGUCCUCAAGGUUGCGCAGGAGUUUCUAGUAGUGCUGAAAUCACUACAUCGUCAGUUAGGCACCCGUACAGUCUCAUGCCAAGGCCGCAAGCCGCAUACAAACAAGCUGGUAUGGGCGCUAACAGCCGACACGGUAUCUGAAUCGACGUCUCCUUCAUCAGAGGGUACGACACCAACAUCCGGAAGCGCAACUCCCCAGCCGCCUCCCGUUUUUGACUCACCAACGAUGUUUCUCGUCAUAUCGUGCUACGUGCAACUUAUCAAGCAUCUUGAGUUUGUCUUCAAGAUCACAUUCAACUCGCUAUCAGAUCCGAACCAGGAUCUUCUCGAAUCAGCCCCGAUGGCUUUUGCUGACGUGCCGCUCGUUGAACCGUCGACCCAAUUUAUGCUCUUCUCCGAGUUAAUUCGACACAUCAUGAGUCAGAUCAACCUUCUCAUAGGUUUCCCUAGCCCCUGGUCAAGUAAAAGUGCUUGGACAGGUCUGAUGACGUGUCAGCGAUAUAAGGAUAUGCUGAAUGUGGAGUUGGGAGCUGUCGAGGACGGGUGGACGACCCGGCCCAAUAAGCUAAUGGAAUUGAACAGAAUCACAAAGUUAAUGCUUGAUGAAUUCUCAAUGAUGGGGAUCUACUGA